UUUUGCUCAUUAUCUCUCUCACUCGCAUUCUCCUCAUAUGAUCCAUCAUUUAAUUUCACGACCUACUUCCCCUCUCCCUCAUCAUUAGCUUCCCCUUCCUCAUUCUCGCAUCCUCCUCCAAAUCAACAGGGAGACGAAGAUGGCUGCGAAUGGUAACGGAGAUUUCAGCUUCGAAAAUGGUAACGGGACGGCACGCAACGGACUGACGAAGAUUCAGACGCACAAGAAGCAGAGAGAGGUUUGCCACGACGACAGUGCUCCUCCGGUGAAGGCUCAAACCAUCGAUGAGCUUCACUCGCUCCAGAGGAAGAAGUCUGCUCCCAACACUCCCAUAAAAAACAAUCAGACCACCUUCGCCUCUCUGUCCGAAGAAGAGCGCCAGAAACUGCAGCUUCAAUCCAUCAGUGCUUCUUUGGCUUCGCUGACGAGGGAAACCGGACCCAAGGUGGUGAAAGGAGACCCGGCUAGGAAAUCGGAACGCUCUGCGGUCUCUCAUGUAUCGCACCACCAUGUCACACCCACCAUCAGCGUCAGCGACAGUUCCUUAAAAUUUACGCAUGUUCUCUACAAUCUCUCCCCAGCUGAACUGUAUGAGCAGGCGAUUAAGUAUGAGAAAGGGUCUUACAUCACUUCUACGGGAGCCUUGGGAACCCUUUCUGGUGCAAAGACCGGACGAUCUCCCAGGGAUAAACGUGUUGUAAAGGAUGACGAUACUGAGGCUGAGCUUUGGUGGGGAAAGGGUUCGCCGAAUAUUGAGAUGGACGAGCAUACUUUCUUGGUAAACAGAGAAAGAGCUGUUGAUUACUUGAACUCUUUGGACAAGGUCUUUGUCAAUGAUCAAUUCUUGAACUGGGACCCUGAGAACAGAAUCAAAGUCAGGAUAGUCUCUGCCAGAGCUUACCAUUCAUUGUUUAUGCACAACAUGUGUAUCCGACCCACUCCUGAAGAGCUGGAGGAAUUCGGUACUCCGGACUUCACUAUAUACAAUGCUGGGCAGUUCCCGUGUAAUCGUUAUACUCACUACAUGACAUCCUCUACUAGCAUAGACAUUAAUCUUGCUAGGAGGGAAAUGGUCAUCCUCGGCACACAGUACGCCGGGGAAAUGAAGAAGGGUCUUUUCAGUGUUAUGCAUUAUCUCAUGCCUAAGCGUCAAAUCCUCUCUCUUCAUUCUGGCUGCAAUAUGGGCAAAGAUGGCGAUGUUGCUCUCUUCUUUGGUUUGUCAGGUACGGGAAAGACAACUCUUUCUACGGAUCAUAAUAGGUAUCUGAUUGGAGAUGAUGAACAUUGUUGGAGUGAGAAUGGUGUCUCAAACAUCGAAGGUGGCUGCUAUGCCAAGUGUAUUGAUCUAUCCAGAGAGAAAGAGCCCGAUAUUUUUAAUGCAAUCAAAUUCGGUACAGUUUUGGAAAACGUCGUAUUUGAUGAGCAUACACGCGAAGUAGAUUAUUCUGACAAGUCAGUUACAGAAAACACUCGAGCUGCUUAUCCCAUUGAGUAUAUACCAAAUGCAAAGUUACCAUGCGUGGGACCUCAUCCAAAGAAUGUUAUACUUUUGGCUUGUGAUGCAUUUGGCGUGCUCCCACCAGUGAGUAAGCUAAGCUUGUCUCAGACCAUGUAUCAUUUCAUCAGUGGAUAUACUGCCCUGGUGGCUGGUACUGAAGAUGGUAUAAAGGAGCCUCAGGCCACAUUCUCAGCUUGUUUUGGUGCAGCAUUUAUAAUGCUACACCCAACUAAAUAUGCUGCAAUGCUUUCUGAAAAGAUGCAGAAGCAUGGCGCUACUGGAUGGCUCGUCAACACUGGUUGGUCUGGUGGGAGCUAUGGUUCUGGAAGUCGUAUCAAACUGUCAUACACAAGGAAGAUUAUUGAUGCCAUUCACUCGGGAAGCCUCUUGGAGGCAAACUACAAAAAGACUGAGAUUUUUGGGCUCGCGAUUCCUACUGAAGUAGAAGGAGUUCCUUCUGAAAUUCUGGAACCAGAGAACACAUGGUCAGACAAACGGGCAUACAACGAAACUCUGUUGAAGCUAGCUGGUUUGUUCAAGAAAAAUUUUGAAACCUUCACAAACUACGCGAAGGGGAAUGACAACAGUUUGACCGAAGAGAUUCUUGCUGCCGGUCCGAUCUUCUAAUGCUUGGGACUUGAGUGCUGCUAAGUUGAAUGGGGCUUGCUUGCUUAUAUGUCAGAAUAAAAGAGUCGUUAGAUUUUCUUUGGUAUUGCCCCGUUCGAUUGAUAUGUAUUUAUCACUAUUAUAUUCUUGAGAUUAAGUUUUAGUUAAAUCCUUUUCUUUUCACUCUAGCAAAAA